AUGGUAACAAGGGAAGGUGGCUUCUUCGUCUUAUCCGAAGUUGCAGCACAAGGCGAGGUGGAUCAUCAACCUCGAUCCCAUCUAGAAAAGUGGCUGAUACCGAUGAGGAUUCCAGUCCCCAAUGGCAAAGAAUACAGUGAUAUCAUAGUAUUAACAAAUAAAGCUCCUGGUAGACAUUACUGGUACGAGGAGGCUGGGCGUGCCCUGCAUCAAAGGCUGAGGUUUGCAGACCAGACAAAACCUCGAGCGAGUGCACGCAGUGUGGUGCUUCUAGUAGGCGAUGGUCUUGGUCUCACCACCUCCACAGCGGCCAGGAUCUUUAAGGGGCAGAGGCAAGGCCAGUUGGGCGAGGACAGCCACCUCUCCUGGGACAAGUUUCCUGCUGUAGCCCUCGCUAAGACGUACAACCUGGAUGCUCAGAUAGGAGAGUCCAGUGCUUGUGCUACAGCGCUGCUUUGCGGUGUCAAGACUAACUUUGAGACCGUUGGGCUGGACGGCCAAGGGAAGUUUGAGGAUUGCUUAUCUUCCAUACCUUCUAGAGUUGACAGUCUUUUGGCUUGGGCUAACUUCGAGGGCAAGGCUACUGGACUAGUGACCAACACCCGAGUCACGCACGCCACGCCAGCCGCCCUGUACGCCCACUCGGCUAGCCGCUACUGGGAGGAUGACAGCAAGGUACCACCCAAGGCUAGGAAGACCUGCAAGGACAUCACCCGGCAACUGAUAGAAGAUGAACCCGGCAGGAACUUAAAUGUGAUCUUGGGAGGUGGUAGGCGACACUGGCUGCCAAAGGUGGCGAGGGACCCGGAGCAAACUUCUGAAGAGGGGAGACGUCUAGACGGUCGGAACUUGGUAGACGACUGGCUUCGAGAAAAGAAGAAAAAAGGACUAAGAGCGGAGUAUGUCUGGAACAAGCAGCAGCUGGAAUCUGUUAACGUGGACAGGACUGAUUAUUUACUAGGCCUCUUUGCUUACUCUCAUAUGGAUUUCGAGGCGGAAAGAGACCAAAGGCCAACCGGAGACCCUUCUCUUGUAGAAAUGACAGCAAAAGCUCUUAAAGUUCUCCUAAAAAAUCCUCAUGGAUUUUUCCUCUUCAUUGAAAGUGGCAGAAUAGACCAUGCUCAUCACUACAACAACCCUUAUCGAGCUCUGGACGAGACCCUAGUUCUUGAUGAUACUGUCAUGACAGUCUUAUCUAUGGUUGACCUGACAAAUACACUGGUAGUGCUCACGUCUGACCACUCUCACGUCAUGACAUUAGGCGGACAGGCUACCCCCCGGGGUAAUCCUAUAUUAGGUGUGGAUCCCAAACCCUCAGACAUUGAUGGGUUGCCGUAUUCGAGUCUUCUGUACGGGAAUGGGCCUGGGUAUGUGAGUCCCAGGUCCAUACCAUCCAACAGCAGUGGCAAAGAGAAGAACGCUGUCCAUGGCUCUGCAGUUCCACGACAAUGGGCUACUCACGGCGGUGAAGACGUGCCAGUUUAUGCACAGGGACCCUUAGCUACUUUGCUCUUCAGCGGUACUGUUGAUCAGAGCUUUAUACCACACGCGAUUGCGUACAUAGCCUGCCUUGGGCCGCAAAAAGCCAGAUGUGCUGCUUUUGAAAAUACUACACAAAAUGUGCCAGGGUGUGUGGCAACAGAGGGGCCCGCAUCACAAGGGGCGGGGCAGGUUUUGGCGUCGAGUGUAAUAUCCGACGACAACUCUGUGGCGUCAUCAGCUCAAACUUUUAGUCCUAGAACUGUCUUCCUCAUACUGCUUGUGGUGAAACAUGCGGUGACAUAGCAGGAGCAAAACAAUUCGUGAGGUACUAAGUGAGUUGUAACUUUAAUUGGACGCCAGAUGGGUUCUUAUGUUGUUGAGCUUAGGAGGCCUCCAAGGUAUUGUUAGGACAGGGCUCCUGAAUAAUUUAGAUGUUUCUAGAUGGUGGGAUCCCUAGACCUUUAGUGUCAGCUUUUAGUGUUGGUGGUUGUUGGUGGCUCCUUGAACUGUAUACACGGUUCCCAGACUAUAUCCCGAUGUUUUGUACCUGAGUUAUUAUGCUUUAUGAAAACAUUUCGUAAAUCUCAUCUCUGAACUUGCUUAGGUUCCCUCUAUAUUGCAGAAACGUUGUCAAAUAAAAUUACAAGCACAUGUAUACAAUAAGCCCAUAGGCACUGUGCUCAGUACGUAUAAACAGUUUCAACUGUUUGGUGCCAGUACAAAUGGAGUUAAAGAAUUAAAAGAAAAUAAAUAAAUUUAUCCUUUAACUUUUUAAUGCUCAAACUGUUGUGGAAUAAUAUUUCCACAAGUAUAUUUUAUAAUUCAACUUCAAAAAUAUGAAAUCACUUUGCCAUCUAGUUGGAGGAGUUUUGUGGUUAUUAUUAAACCACGAUGCAGUCAACAAAAUAAUAUAAAUUUUAAAUUUUAUUUUGUCAAAUACGAAAAAAUAAUGCUUAAUUAUAAAAUAAAGUUAUAGUCAUUUCUACUACUACUACUACUAACAUGCCUGAAAAUAUUUGUUAUUGUGUUUCCUAUUGAUGGAGGUGCAAUGGUGCAAUUGUGUGCUUAAGGUUGGAAUGUGAGGUGAAGAGCAUGCCACCUUUUCUUUCAUGUGCACACCUUCGUUUUCCUACAAUCUUGGACUUCCCGUUUACUUGCCCAAGCGUGCCUGGGACACAGGGCAACUAACUAGUAGAGAUGGGAUUGGUGGAACUGUUAGACUUCCACCGAUUGCAUACUAAAGAAGCUUUUAUUGCAUACUUGCAUUCAAUAAAAUACCUUGCUAUUGCGUAGGCCUACAUUGGCUCGUGAUUUAUAUCAAAGAUGGUGAUAGUUUCUUUUCUUAAAUUUUACAUGUAUUUAGCAGGUAUUGCGUUUUACCAAAGCACGCUUUAAACUGCCAAAAAUCUUAGCAAGUAAAACCGAACUGACCUAAUUUAUUAUAGCUUAUAUCAUUUAACCUGGAUUUGUUGUGUUUAACCAAGACAAGAAGGUUAUACUACAGUAAUACUGCACCUCUGCUCGAGAUACCAGUGGAAUUAUUUAGAAAUUCUCGGCAAACAAUAGAAAAGGUUUUACUUUACCGUCAAUUUCAAUUGCGAAGAAUGACUAGGCAUGCUACAGAAUGUUUUCCCAUUCCCCCUAACCUCUACAACGUUGCAUGAUGAUUCAGAACUGUAUCUAGUUGUUUUUUUUUUUAGUUUUAAGUCCUUAUUUUCAAAUUGUGCACAAGAUAUUUUCAACUAUUGUUACCAUUGUUUAUAAGUGUAUAAAUAUCUUGUUGACUAGCUGUAACGCAUUACGUGUUUGAAACUUGAAUAGAUUGGUUUAUGUCUGAAAUGUAAAGAUCUACUUCAGACACAAUAUUAAGAAUAAUACAAGGGAGUAUGCUGAUGAAUAGUAUUUUCUUCCAAUACAUAACAUUGCGAUUUGUAGGAAUCUUAAAGUUAUAACUGAUGUUUAGAUAUCAUGGAUUUUUAUUUAAUUCGAUAUAGAAUCGUAAUUAUAUAUAUAUAUUUUUUUUUUUUGCAGUGCAUUUUAUGUUUUGUAUACAUGCAUAUACAUAAUGUUUUACAUCGGAAAACUACUGCAUAUUCAUAUAACGUGAUUUUUGUAGUAGAUGAGGGGCAAUGAAACCACCAUGUAAAUAAGUUGUACAGGUAUGUAUUUUAGAUUAGUAAGCAAAAACUUAGCUUGUUCCUUUAGGAACAAAACAAGAUAAUGUUGAUUUUCAGUAUCAUAACUUUUUUAUGUUUUAUGAACGUGAUUAAUUAGGCAAUAAAAUGUGGGCAUUUUAUGUGGUCGUUGUAGAUCUUGUAAAGAUAAUUGUGUGCAGCAAGUUGUUUACUAUUUAAAUGUGUAAUUUUGGACUUAUAAUCUGAUGGUUGAGUUGCAUUACAUUCCUAACAUUGUAAAAAAUGAAGGUUAAAUAGUAUAUCUGGUUUUAGUUGGAACACCCAGUACGUAAGGUAAUACGGAAAUAAAAUUAACCCAUACAUUAUCAAAACUAGCUUUAUUCGUCUUCUAUGAAUAAUUAUUAUUAAAACAUGUAAACUCCCAAUAUCAUACUCUUAGAUAACUUUACUGAGAAGUGGUACUUAAUCUAUCGUAGAAGGAAGUUGGAUGGCCUCACAUCCGUGAUAUAGCGAUUACACUACUAGUGUGAAUACGUGAUACCAUUUGUUAAAUAUAUUUUUCAUAAAUAUAAAAUGUAUAAACUUACCUUAUUAGAAUUCAUUUACAAAUCAUACUUUAAUUAUCAUUUUCAUUUAUGAGACUGUGUAAUUUACAAACAGUAUUAUUAGUUACGGAGAUACACUAGUAGUUUAUUAGUAUGUAACUGAACAUGAUUAAAGUUAUUCAAUAGACAAAUGUAAUGAUUCGUUUCAGCAAACAUUGUACAGAUAUUAAGCAAACACGAAAUGUAUAUUAAUUCAUAUCAAAACUGAACUAUGUAACAUUUAACCACACGAAGCGAGCAGAUUAUUAGUUUAUCGGCAUUUUUUAGUGUUGGAUGUUAAUCAGCACUAUGGAUAAUUAUGUUUUAAGUGUGUAUUCUAUUCCCCGGUGUUUAGAUUGUGAGAAAUCUGCUUUCAGUUCCACUUCAGUAAUUCAAACCCAGAAAUGAAACCUCAAUCACCAUGUGGUUACAAAAUUUCCAGUACUGUUUUCCUCUGUAACAAUUGGACAAACAUACAGAGUGUCCAUAAAUUACUCUAUCGAACAUAUCCAUUUGAGUUUCCAGGUCAAAGGAAGAAUGAGAUUUUAUAUAUAGCAUAGUCCUAUCUUACUUAGUUUACAGUAUGCCUGUCUAUUUGAGUGUUUUAGCAAAACAAUUACAUAUUUCUUCUAAUUGAUGAAACGUGUACAUUUAAAACUGUACUAAAUGUUUAGUCUAAUUAAUACCUAACUUGAAAAUAUUUGACAGAAAAAAUUAUAUCAAGUUUAAAAAUACUAACGGAGUGGUAAAUAUUUUACUAAGCGUCACCCUUCACUUAAAGAACAUUAGUAAUUAAAGAACAUUAAUAACUCGAGUAGUGUAUUUUAAGCGAGGGAUGGCAUUCAAUAAAAACCUCUGCUAAUCAAUUAUUAUUUAUCAUAAGGACAUAAAUGUUGUUUUAAAAUGUCCAUAUAAACGAUUCAUAUAUUUCAAUAUAGCAAUACAUUUUAUAGACUGAGUUGUUGCAGUUUGACCAUUUUGUAUGGCUGUCAUUUUUAACCUGAUGAUAUUCUUCUUAAAAUAUUUUACUAAACAAGUAUUAAUUACACAAAAUAUUUUGUAAAGUUUGAACUUUAUGUUUAAUCAGAUAAAUGGUUAUUAUAGACAGGGUACUGACUGUAAAAUAAACAGGUCUUUACUUUAUAUGUAAUUUCUUACUUAUUUGUACCUGACAAAUCAAAUGAAAUGUAGACUACUAAAUUGUUGUUGAUUAACUCUACAAAGAUUACUAUUUAAAUUAUGUUGGUUAUAAACGCAUAACUCACUUAUUUAUGAUUAAAUAUUUGUUAAGAAAUUAUAAAGGUUGGAUUCAUAACUUUAACCUUCUUGACAAUCAUCACUGAGGCGUUGACGACAGACAUUGCUAAACCAACCGAGUCUUUUGUAAAAGUGCCUUAAAUUCUCAUUAAAUUGUAACAAGUUUAAUGUAAUUGUUUAUUCAUGUUAGUAUAGAGUUUUUAAUAAUAUUGUAUACAAGUGAGUAUAUAACUGGUAAAAAUAUAUCCUUGAACUACACACAUAGAACGUGACGACUCUGCCAUGAUAUGUAUUUAUUAAUGGACUUGUAAUAAAUCAGGCAGUUACGAUUGUAAA